UUGAUGGGUAGACUAGGGAGGAGAGAACUCUUCAGUCUGUUCUGACGGAGCCGAAGUACAGAAACCAUAUUUACAGGUACAUGUGACAGCGCUGCAGCGAUGAGUGGAAUUUUAAAGGAGAAGUUGGAAGAAAUUGAGGGCUCCGCACCCUGCUCCUCUGUGCAGGAAUCUGAUGAUGAAGUUUUUAGCUGUGACAGUGCCACCAGUGUUGAUAGUGUCUAUCUGUCCACUUCUAAUCAUUUCACUGGAAAAAAUAAGGAGAUAUCAACAGACUGAAAAGAUGUUUUCAGAGGCAUAGAUUCUUCAGGAAGAUACUGGCGUUCAUAAGAUCUCAAGGUACAUGUGACAGCGCUGCAGCGAUGAGUGGAAUUUUAAAGAGGAAGUUUGAAGAAGUUGACGGCUCCUCCCCCUGCUCCUCUGUGCGGGAAUCAGAUGAUGAAGUUUCCAGCAGUGAAAGUGCUGACAGUGGGGACAGUGUCAAUCCAUCCACUUCUAAUCAUUUUCCCCCUUCCUCCAUCCUUAAAAGGGAGAAGCGGCUGAGGACGAAGAAUGUACAUUUCAGUUGUGUCACCGUGUACUACUUCACCAGGAGGCAGGGCUUCACGAGCGUGCCCAGCCAAGGCGGCAGCACCCUGGGCAUGUCUAGCCGUCACAACAGCGUGCGCCAGUACACCCUGGGCGAAUUUGCCAGAGAGCAGGAGAGGCUUCACCGCGAGAUGCUGAGAGAACACCUCAGGGAGGAAAAACUGAAUUCUUUAAAGCUAAAGAUGACGAAGAAUGGCACCGUGGAAUCUGAAGAAGCUAGCACUCUUACAGUGGAUGACAUUUCUGAUGAUGAUAUCGAUUUAGACAACACCGAGGUAGACGAGUACUUCUUUCUCCAACCCCUGCCAACAAAAAAACGGAGAGCACUGCUGCGGGCCUCUGGGGUGAAAAAGAUUGAUGUGGAGGAAAAGCAUGAGCUACGAGCCAUCCGACUAUCUCGAGAGGACUGUGGCUGUGACUGCCGGGUGUUCUGUGAUCCAGAAACGUGUACCUGCAGCCUGGCAGGCAUUAAGUGUCAGGUGGAUCGAAUGUCUUUCCCAUGUGGCUGCACUAAAGAAGGAUGUAGUAACACAGCAGGUAGAAUUGAAUUUAAUCCUAUCCGUGUCCGGACUCACUUUUUGCACACAAUAAUGAAACUUGAACUGGAGAAAAACCGAGAGCAGCAAAUCCCCACGCUGAACGGCUGCCACGGGGAGAUAAGUGCCCACAGUAGUUCCAUGGGCCCUGUGGCUCACUCCGUCGGAUAUUCCAUCGCAGACAAUUUUGAGAUUGAAACGGAACCCCAGGCUGCAGUGCUGCACCUGCAGUCGGCGGAGGAAUUAGAUUGCCAAGGAGAGGAAGAGGAGGACGGUAGCAGCUUCUGCAGCGGAGUCACGGACUCCAGCACCCAAAGCUUGGCCCCCAGCGAGUCAGACGAGGAGGAAGACGAGGACGACGAGGAGGAAGAGGAGGACGACGACGAGAAAGGGGACAGUUUCGUGGAAGCUUUGGGUCCCCAUGCCGAAGGGGUCCCUCUUCCUUCCGUCCUUUGUUACUCCGAUGGCACGGCCGUCCACGAAAGCCACGCGAAAAGCGCUCCCUUUUAUGCCAACUCUUCUACCCUCUAUUACCAAAUAGACAGCCACAUUCCAGGAACUCCCAACCAGAUCCCCGAGAACUACUCGGAAAGAGAGACUGUCAAAAGCGGUGCCCUCUCGCUGGUGCCUUACACCAUGACCCCGGAGCAAUUCGUGGACUAUGCCCGACAAGCGGAAGAGGCGUACGGCGCCUCCCACUACCCAGCUGCCAACCCCUCUGUCAUCGUUUGCUGCUCCUCUUCGGAAAACGACAGCGGUGUGCCCUGCAAUAGCUUAUAUCCCGAACACAGGUCCAAUCAUCCUCAAGUGGAAUUUCACUCAUACUUGAAAGGCCCCUCCCAGGAAGGGUUUGGCUCUGCAUUGAAUGGGGACAGUCACAUUUCAGAGCAUCCUGCUGAAGAUUCUUUGAGCCUCGCAGAAAAGAGCAGAUUGCACGAAGAGUGCAUCAAAUCGCCCGUGGUGGAGACUGUCCCUGUUUAGUAGCUUAAGUUAUUCUUGGACCAACUCUUCUCCUAUGUAAAGCACUGUAUUUAAUUGGAUUUCCUGGGCUCAUCGUGGUUUCAGCUGAGGACCGAGAAAACUUGGACCGUGGUGAAUCUUCCAGACUGUAUUUUGUUUUCUCCCUUCUAGCUACGUGACUGUGCCGUUGCACAAAUGCAGUCUCUAUGAGGGUUUUAAACGAUUUCAGACUGUUUUGAUAGAAAAUGCUAAUUUUAAAAAAGCAUAUCUCACAGUUGCCUACCUGUGAAACUGUGUGAAACCUGCCAAGCUGUGUAGAUCAGAGCUCCAAGUUUUGGAUUAUCGGGCCUGUGCAAGAUUGUUAACUAAGACUGGGAAAUAAUAAGAUUUAGAGUCCUAAUUUUCGAUAUAUCUGAAGAUGAUGGUGACUUUUUAAUGUAAAAGUAAUUAUUGUAAGAAAAAGAUUUAAUUGUUCCAUGCGUAUUUUAUUUAUGGUAGUUAGAAGUCAUGUUUUGAUGAAAACGAACAGCAGCAUGUUCUUUUAAGCUGAAGACACAUAGUUAGUACCACCGAGCAUGCCCACAUGGAUUGCCUCUGGAAUCCAUUCACAUUUUUAUGAUCGUGUCUGAUCAAAUUUGCAAAUACUUUCUUAAGGGUGAAAUAGGCCUAUUUUUGCUAUUUUGGACAAAUAAAUGAGUCUAUAUGUGCAGGUCCUUACACAGUUUUCUCUAAAGUUAACAGUUAGGACAAUCCUCUGGUGAGGGUCUAGUUCAUUGCCCUCCCUCAGUUGACUCCAGAGAUGGAGGUAGAAGGAAUUGCCUUUCUUUUUUAAACAGCAUCAUCUUGGUUCUUAGCUUGGACAGCACCUUCAAACUCUACUCCCCUGCAUCAAAAUGCACUUUAGUGCCCCUUCAUGGUACCUUGUGAGGGGUGGGGACUAAGAACUCUUUGAGAUGAAAAAUUUUAAAAAAACAUUUUUUAAUCUGUAACUAUUAUAAGGUUCAUAUAAUUAAAUAGAGGAAUCACCCAGUGAUACUUUAUGAAGGAAAAAUGACCUGUUUUCCUUCACCACUCUCAAGACCUAACUCGGUAAAAGCAGAGGAGGCCGAGAAAACACGGAAGAGACAGAACCUCAGCAACCAGCCUUUUUCUACAGCGUGAUCAAUCCAUCUCUACACAAUGAGCGUAUAAUGAAAUUUCCAUUUAGUGACUAGCUGAUUGAAGGGGGGGCCUCUACCCAAAUACUCAACUAGGCCUUACUUUUCUGAAGCAUUUUGAUUUCUCUUGCCUGGGACAAUUAGCAGAACAGUCCAGAAUGCAUUGAAUACUUUCUAAUUACCUCAUGUUCUCUUAUUAAAGGGGACAGAUAGAAAUAAAACAUGCACUCCCCACCUUUAGAUUAUCUGCGCUUGGUUCGUCGGAGGACUUCUAAGAUCCCGUUUUCCUGUAAAUUAAUUUAGGGAACCUAUAAAAAAUACGGUUGAGGGGCUUCCCUGGUGACACAGUGGUUAAGAAUCUGCCUGCCAAUGCCAGGGACACGGGUUCAAGCCCUGGUCUGGGAAGAUCCCACAUGACGUGGAGCAACUAAGCCCGUGCACCACAACUACUGAGCCUGCACUCUAGAGCCCGCGAGCCACAACUACUGAGCCCACGUGCCACAACUACUGAAGCCCGCAUGCCUAGAGCCUGUGCUCCGCAACAAGAGAAGCCACCACAGUGAGAAGCCCGCACACCACAGUGAAGAGUGGCCCCUGCUGGCUGCAACUAGAGAAAGCCCGCAUGCAGCAACGAAGACCCAACACAGCCAAAAGUAAACAAAUAAAAUAAAUUUAUUUAAAAAAAAAUAAGGUUGAAAUUUCUAACUUUGUAGCAUAAUUUAUCCAAUUUUGUUUUGCUCUUCCUUUUUAUGUUGGCCACCAAGCUUUCCUCCUUAGCCAUAUAUAAAGUGCCCAUCUUUUAAAAAGAAAUCAAAGAUCUAUAUACCAUUUUGAAAUGAUACUUAAAUAUGAAAGAGAAGGAAGAAAUAAAAUAAAAUCCAAAUCUGAAUUCUCCUGAAGAGGAAAAAUCUAAAUACUUAAACCUAGAAAAUAAAUUGCCUGCGAUUUGUUGGUUUUGUUUUUAAUCUAGUGUUGAUCCUUGGAUGGUUUAACGAUACCCAAAUUAUAUCUGAAUAUAAUGGAUUUUAAAUUUUAGUAGUUGGCAAAGUCAUUUCCUUUGUACCAUAAUCAAAUAGGGUCCACUGCCAAAGGUUACUGUCUGAAUCUUGAUUCAUUAGGCACUAGUCAUGCCAAACGGGUAUCUCAGAAUAGUUUCAUCUUUUCAAAGAUACUCACAAUGGCCAACUGUGUGUGAAUAAUGGAAAGUUUGAGAUUCUUCUGUAUUCUUCAAAUUUUAUAGCCCUGAGACUAGAAGAGAUCUCCAGAGGUCAUCUGGCUCAUCCAUCUACCUCCAGGGAGGACAAUCACUCAGGCAUGCUCUACAGGAUAGACACCCAUCUAUUCUUAACAUCUCUAGGGAAGGCAGUUUCCUUGGCAACACAAUCCAGUCCUCCUAGGUUUUUCUCACAGUACGAAAAUAUCUUGGCCAGUCUUUGUGAGUUAGGCACCUGGCAACAGUUGUGGUGAUUUGGGCCAUUGUACUGGGAGAAUCGGAAAGUUAGGUUUCCCUACCUUUGAUGUUUGUUACAUUUGAUGAUUCCAUAAGUCUCCUAAGAAAUCAGAGUUUUAAAAAUAAAGAUGUGGGUAUUGGGACAGUGUUCAGUAACGUGACCUGCUCUCAACAAAUAUGGCUGUAGUUUUUGUUCGUUCAUUUUUAUUUUCUCUUUUGUUUUACCAUUGCUAUGAUGUCAGGGAAAGUGACUGUUUCAGAUCCCCGGUGACAGACAUCAACACUAGGAUCGAGUGACUCAACUUUUUAACUGUUCAAUUUUCUGAGAAGUUACAAUUACAAAAAGUGAGCAUUUUCCACCUUCUUGCUUCUAAAUAAGUACCUUCUUAUUCAUCUUUCUAUACCCUAAAAAUGACAAAUGAGAAUCUCAAAUUUUUCCACUUUUUCUGGGGAAGUGACUGGUUGUGGCGAGUCUGGUGUGGAAUGAAACGACUCCAGAGAAUUACUCAGCUACCAUUUGAUCCCAGCCUUUGUCCCCAUGUUGUUAAAACAGUGGCUGCUUGCCUUCUCAGGGAUCAGCAAAAUGAUUUAAAUAUUUGUCAUCUUGACAAGGCCUGAAAACGAAAGGAAUCCGGGAGGGUGGUGAUUUUUUCCUGAUUACAUCACUUGACCCAAGCACCCCCUGCAGAGAGCUUCUUCUGUUUGUUCAGAGUUGCCUCCAACUCAGAGUCAGAACUAACCGGAAAAUGAAGAACACCCUCAAAAUCGAUGUUUCCUUUCUCCAUGGGAUUUUUUCCAAUCUAGGUACAGCUGCUUAUGCCCCCCAACUCAGAUGCUCUUGUGAAAUGACAGCCACAUCAGUGCGUGGUUGCUCCCCACAAAUAACAUUAGGGGAAAUAACCUUUUUUGCUUUAAAAAAAAAAAAAAAGCUAUAGAAUGCUUAUGUAAAGAAUGUUGAAUCAUUUGGCCCAUGUUUUAAUUGACUCUAGACACCUCUUUGGAAAUAAGUCCGAGGCGUAGUUUGUGAAACAUGUUUCAAAAGUGUUUGAUGUAAAAUAAACGCUAGACAUUUACAGUACAGAAAUAGUUUAAAAAAAAAAAAAAAACCUGUAGAUUACAACUCCGUUCCUGAGAACCUCAGCCUUUAUCGUGUCUUAGUAAAGUUGAUCUGCUUUCAUUUUAGUUUAUUGCAUUUCUGGUGUAAUAGCCUCUUAAGAUAGAACUAUUAAUACAUAUGUACUGGUUAAUGCCUGUUAAUGCAGAAAAUGCACUUUGUUAUUUCAAUGUGUUUCCCUCAAUGUCACAGGGUAUAACAAUUUGAUAGGAAAAGGUCAUUUGACAUUGGUCAAAAAUGCAUUCUCCCUAUUUAAAAUGUAUAUGUAUAAUUGGUUGCAUAGACAAAUGUCACCUUUUGCAGUAUCUUUAUCUCCAUCAUAGUCUUAGACAUCAACUGUGUGCCCACUUUCCAGCUGCCGUAGAAAUUUGGUACAUUUGCAAAUUCUGGUGAAAUCUAGUGAGCUGAAUGUAAUGGUAGAUCAAAUGAUCCAAAGCACUUGGGUGUUAUCUUUCAGUCUACAUUGAACCAUUCGGACAUUGGGAAUGGUUUUUACACAAGGGAAGUCUUUUGAGAGUAUUUGUGGGGGGGAGGGGGUUGUUUUGUUUUGUUUUGUGUCUUUUGGAUUUCGCUGGCCAAAAAAAAGUAAUCUAAAACCAGUGAGAUCAAUCCGCCGUAACAUUUUCAACAUUGUGAUUGGUUUUAUCUUUUAGUUGAUUCCUAUUAUGAGUUUUACUCAAUUUCAACAGUAUUUCAAUAGAUAUUUUAUUACUGUUAUGUUCAAUAUAAUCAUUUAGAAAGGUUGAAAGGGAAGAGAAUCAAACUACAAUUCAUACAUAACUUCACUUUACACUAAGUUGUCAUGUUCUACGUCACGUAGUUUCUAGAUUGAUUUCUCUUGUGUAUAAGUUACAACAUCAAAGAUGCCAAAGGGUAUAUAAAAUAAGCUACAAUAAUAUUCAACAGAACUUAACCUGGACCUUAUGUUGUAAUAAUUUAUUCAUAUUAGCUGUAGUCUUCUGUAUUUAUAUUUUCAGUAUUUAUUAUGAAUGACAUGGAAAUUCGUGUAUUUAUUGUGGCUUUUUAUUGCAGUGUGUAUAUAUAUAUAUAUCUAUUACAAAUAAGCAUUUUUAAGUCUGAUCCUUAAGUUUCUUUUAUUAGUGGCACUUGUAUUAUGCUGUACUUUUUAUUAUAUAUUGUACAAUAUCUUGUCCAUUUGUUUGCAGCAGAGUAAAACCGGUUUCUAAGUUGUA